AUGGCAGGCAGCGUGAGGGAGGAGGGCACCGCAGUCCCCCACCGGCUGGGUCUGACCCAGGGCUCUCCCCACUUCCUGAGCAGGAUUCGGCCCCAGCUGUCAAAGGAGAAGAUUGAGGGCUGUCACAUCUGCACCUCUGUCACCCCCGGGGAGCCCCAGGUCCUUCUGGGGAAGGACAAGGCCUUCACCUAUGACUUUGUCUUCGACCUGGACACCUGGCAGGAACAGAUCUAUUCGACCUGUGUGAGCAAGCUCAUCGAGGGCUGCUUCGAGGGCUACAAUGCCACAGUGCUGGCCUAUGGGCAGACAGGGGCCGGGAAGACAUACACGAUGGGCACCGGCUUCGACACGGCGACAUCGGAGGAGGAGCAGGGCAUCAUCCCGAGGGCCAUUGCACACCUCUUUGGGGGCAUUGCAGAGCGCAAGCGGCGGGCACAGGAGCGGGGUGUGGCCGGGCCUGAGUUCAAAGUCAGCGCGCAGUUCCUGGAGCUCUACAAUGAGGAGAUCCUCGACCUGUUCGAUAGCACCCGUGACCCUGAUGCCCGCCACCGCAGGUCCAACAUCAAGAUCCACGAGGAUGGGAAUGGUGGCAUCUACACCACGGGCGUCACUUCCCGCCUCAUCAACUCCCAGGAGGAGCUGAUCCAGUGCCUGAAGCAGGGGGCCCUGUCCCGCACCACGGCCAGCACCCAGAUGAACGUGCAGAGCUCCCGCUCACACGCCAUCUUCACUAUCCAUGUGUGCCAGAUGCGAGUGUGCACUCAGCCCGAGCCAGUCAGUGAGGCAGUGACUGGGCUUCCUGAGGGCACCGCGCCCACCAGUGAGUAUGAGACACUCACUGCUAAGUUUCACUUUGUGGACCUGGCCGGCUCAGAGCGGCUGAAGCGGACGGGGGCCACUGGCGAGCGGGCCAAGGAGGGCAUCUCCAUCAACUGCGGCCUGUUGGCCUUGGGCAACGUGAUCAGCGCCUUGGGGGACCAGAGCAAGAAGGUGGUGCACGUGCCCUACAGGGACUCGAAGCUCACUCGGCUUCUCCAGGACUCGCUGGGGGGCAACAGCCAGACCAUCAUGAUUGCCUGUGUGAGCCCCUCAGACCGGGACUUCAUGGAGACGCUCAACACACUCAAAUAUGCCAAUCGGGCCCGCAACAUCAAGAACAAAGUGGUGGUGAACCAGGACAAGACGAGCCAGCAGAUCAGCGCCCUGCGGGCCGAGAUUGCUCGCCUGCAGAUGGAGCUGAUGGAGUACAAGGCGGGCAAGAGGGUGAUCGGGGAGGAUGGUGCCGAGGGCUACAGCGACCUGUUCCGGGAGAAUGCCAUGCUGCAGAAGGAGAACGGGGCACUGCGUCUGCGGGUGAAGGCCAUGCAGGAGGCCAUCGAUGCCAUCAACAACCGUGUCACUCAUCUCAUGAGCCAGGAAGCCAAUCUGCUCCUGGCCAAGGCUGGUGAUGGCAAUGAGGCCAUUGGUGCUCUGAUCCAGAACUACAUCCGGGAGAUUGAGGAGCUGCGGACGAAGCUCCUGGAGAGUGAGGCCAUGAAUGAGUCCCUGCGCCGCAGCCUCUCCCGGGCCUCGGCUCGGAGCCCUUACGCCCUGGGUGCAUCUCCGGGCGCUCCAGCCUUCGGGGGCAGCCCGGCCAGCUCCAUGGAGGAUGCCUCUGAGGUGAUCCGCCGGGCCAAGCAGGACCUGGAGCGGCUCAAGAAGAAGGAGGUCAGGCAGCGGAGAAAGAGCCCAGAGAAGGAGGCCUUCAAAAAGAGGGCAAAACUCCAACAGGAAAACAGUGAGGAGACCGACGAGAAUGAGGCUGAGGAGGAGGAGGAAGAGCGAGACGAGAGUGGCUGUGAGGAGGAGGAGGGGCGUGAGGAUGAAGACGAGGACUCGGGCAGUGAGGAGAGCCUGGUGGACUCGGACUCAGACCCUGACGAGAAGGAGGUGAACUUCCAGGCCGACCUGGCCGACCUGACGUGUGAGAUCGAGAUCAAGCAGAAGCUGAUCGAUGAGCUGGAGAACAGCCAGAGGCGACUGCAGACUCUGAAGCACCAGUACGAGGAGAAGCUGAUUCUGCUUCAGAACAAGAUCCGAGACACACAGCUGGAGCGUGACCGCGUGCUGCAGAACCUCAGCCGUUUCCUCUCAAGACUGUCCUCAGGGCAGCGCAGGCUGGUGAUAUUCCUCGUCAUGUCUGAGGCCUCGCCCCACCGCCACCCCUGCCUGUCCCAGGUGGCCCUGAUGAAGCAGAUGCGUGAGGAGCAGCAGCGGCGGCGGCUGGUGGAGACUAAGAGGAACCGGGAGAUCGCUCAGCUCAAGAAGGAACAGCGGCGACAGGAGUUUCAGAUCCGAGCGCUGGAGUCCCAGAAGCGGCAGCAGGAAAUGGUCCUAAGGAGGAAAACCCAGGAGGUUUCCGCACUGAGGCGCCUGGCCAAGCCCAUGUCUGAGCGGGUGGCUGGGCGUGCAGGACCGAAGCCGCCCAUGCUGGACUCGGGGGCUGAGGUGUCAGCCAGCACCACGUCCUCCGAGGCUGAGUCAGGGGCCCGCUCUGUCUCCAGCAUCGUGCGCCAGUGGAAUCGCAAGAUCAACCACUUCUUGGGGGACCACGCUGCACCUGCUGUCAACGGCACCCGCCCUGCCAGAAAGAAGUUCCAGAAGAAGGGGGCCAGCCAGAGCUUCAGUAAGGCUGCGAGGCUCAAGUGGCAGUCCCUGGAACGGAGGAUCAUUGACAUCGUCAUGCAGAGAAUGACCAUUGUCAACCUAGAGGCUGACAUGGAGCGGCUCAUCAAGAAAAGGGAGGAGCUGUUCCUCCUGCAGGAGGCGCUGCGGAGGAAGCGGGAGCGGCUGCAGGCCGAGAGCCCGGAGGAGGAGAAGGGCCUGCAGGAGCUGGCCGAGGAGAUCGAGGUGCUGGCGGCCAACAUUGACUAUAUCAACGACAGCAUCACCGACUGCCAGGCCACCAUCGUGCAGCUGGAGGAGACCAAGGAGGAACUGGACUCCACGGACACAUCCGUGGUCAUCAGCUCCUGCUCCCUGGCCGAAGCCCGCCUCCUGCUGGACAACUUCCUCAAGGCGUCCAUCGACAAGGGACUACAAGUGGCACAGAAGGAGGCCCAGAUCCGGCUGCUGGAGGGACGGCUGAGGCAGACAGACAUAGCAGGUUCUUCUCAGAACCACCUGCUCCUGGAUGCCCUACGAGAGAAGGCGGAGGCGCACCCAGAGCUGCAGGCCCUCAUCUACAACGUGCAGCAGGAGAAUGGUUACGCCAGCACGGAUGAGGAGAUCUCAGAGUUCUCUGAGGGGAGCUUCUCCCAGUCAUUCACCAUGAAAGGUUCCACCAGCCAUGAUGAUUUCAAGUUCAAGGGUGAGCCCAAGCUGUCUGCCCAAAUGAAGGCUGUGUCAGCCGAGUGCCUGGGUCCCCCGCUGGAUAUCUCCACCAAGAACAUCACCAAGUCCCUGGCCUCCCUUGUUGAGAUCAAAGAGAAUGGAGUGGGCUUCUCCAUCCGCGACCCCUACUACCGGGACAAGGUCUCGCGCACCAUCAGCCUGCCCACCAGAGGCAGCACUUUCCCCCGGCAGUCUAGAGGCACGGAGACAUCCCCUCUGACCCGAAGGAAGUCGUAUGACCGAGGGCAGCCCAUCAGGUCCACGGAUGUGGGAUUCACGCCGCCCUCGUCCCCUCCUACUCGGCCCCGCAACGACCGGAACGUCUUUUCUCGUCUCACCAGUAAUCAGAGCCAAGGCUCAGCACUGGACAAGUCUGAUGACAGCGACUCCUCUUUGUCGGAGGUCCUGAGGGGCAUCAUCAUCCCCGUUGGAGGAGCCAAGGGUGCGAGGACAGCCCCACUGCAGUGCGUCUCCAUGGCCGAGGGCCACACCAAGCCCAUCCUCUGCCUGGACGCCACAGACGAGCUACUGUUUACAGGAUCCAAGGACCGCAGCUGUAAGAUGUGGAACUUGGUCACGGGCCAGGAGAUUGCGGCCCUAAAGGGCCACCCCAACAACGUGGUGUCCAUCAAGUACUGCAGUCACUCCGGGCUUGUGUUCUCCGUGUCUACCUCCUACAUCAAGGUGUGGGACAUUCGGGACUCGGCCAAGUGCAUUCGGACCCUCACGUCCUCGGGCCAGGUGACCUCCGGGGAUGUCUGUGCCGCCACGUCCACCCGCGCCAUCGCCAGUGCUCAGGGGGAGCACCAGAUCAACCAGAUCGCCCUCAGCCCUUCAGGCACCAUGCUCUACGCUGCCUCGGGCAACGCCGUCCGCGUCUGGGAGCUCAGCAGGUUCCAGCCAGUUGGCAAGCUGACUGGCCACAUCGGCCCUGUGAUGUGCCUGACCGUCACCCAGACCGCCAGCCAGCAUGACCUGGUGGUGACCGGCUCCAAGGACCACUACGUUAAGAUGUUCGAGUUGGGUGAGUGUGUGACGGGCACCAUUGGCCCCACCCACAACUUUGAACCCCCACACUAUGAUGGCAUCGAGUGUCUUGCCAUCCAGGGAGAUGUCCUAUUCAGUGGCUCCCGGGACAAUGGCAUCAAGAAGUGGGACCUGGAGCAGCAGGAGCUCAUCCAGCAAAUCCCCAAUGCACACAAGGACUGGGUGUGUGCCCUGGCCUUUGUCCCGGGCCGCCCCAUGCUGCUGAGCGCCUGCCGUGCGGGCGUCAUCAAGGUCUGGAACGUGGAUAACUUCACGCCCAUUGGCGAGAUCAGGGGCCACGACAGCCCCAUCAAUGCCAUCUGCACCAACGCCAAGCACAUCUUCACUGCUUCCAGUGACCUGACAGUGAAGUUCUGGAGCGUGCGGCGGUUACCUGGAGGCCCACCCUAGGAGCACACAGCAGGCCUCACCCUGGCUGUCUUUCAGAGGAUGGCCCCCAGACCCUCGGCCCCCCGGCAGCCUGGACAGCACAGAAGGGAAGCUGUGGUCUGACAGGGCCAACUGCCCUGGGGACAGAGGGUGUGGGCCUCGGAUGUGGCCCCUCUCCUGCUCUCCUGCCUCUCCCUUGACCUUCCUAUGGGAUACUGUACCCCCUGUCUCUUGGGGUGGGGGGCGGAGAGAGGUUGGGGAGGAAUUUAAGCUGUGAAGCCAAAGGGCAUUUUCCCCUCUCAUUUCUCUCCCUGCAGCCCCUCGGGCUCCCCUUGCCCUCCCUCUGGCCAUAUUUUCUCCUGCUGAGCUGGCCAUGCCCUUCCUUAAGCCUCUGGCCCAGUCGUAGGGAGCUGUAGGGGAGGCGAAGCAUCCCAGCCCCUGCCCUGCCCCUCCGAUGAACAGGCCUCCCCCUCUAUCCCCUAAUCCAGCCUCUGGAGCCGCUGCACCUGCCUCUGAGCCCAAAAUGAUAGUCCUCAGGUAACCAUGGAAACCAGGUGUUGGCAGCUGGGCCCUGCAGCUGACCCUUAGCCCCUUGGCCACCAACAGCCAUUCCCAGUUGACCCCAGCCAUCCCUUGGGGUCCCUUUCUAAUGGGGCCAAGGUAGAGCUGCUAGAAAAAUUCCUUUGGGGAGAUGGUCAGAAAUACUUCAGCUAUUUAUUAUUUUUUUUUUUAUUUUUACUUUUGCUGUUGCCUCCUGGAAACUGACUUGAAGUUUCUCCCCAAAUGUUCUUUCCCUCAGCACUCGGGGGCCAGGAAUCCCAAAGGGAAUCUGCCCGACCAGCCCUCCAGGGCCACCUCCUCUGUUCGCUUUGCAGCUCGGGCCCGUCCCCAGCAUUGCCCCCAGGGACCAUUCUAGUGCACCCCUGACCUCUAGGCCGCCUGAUGCUUCAGUGCCUUCCUCCACCCCGGGGCCUGGCACUCAUGCCGGGCAGCCUUACACCAGCCAUGCCCGCGGGCACCACACGUGUCUUUGCACUUGCGGGGUCCCGUGCCCGCUGCCCCCAGAAGGCAGGGGAGCUCCACCCCACAGCCCAGGGCCAGGGGCCCCCUUCCCAGAGUCCUGUGUGGGCCAUGUAGGAAGCAGCUCAGAGGAUUAUGUCUACCAGGAUGGCUUGGAUGGUGAGGCUGGCCCAGCCCCCUCCCCGCUCACCUGUAUUUUCACCCCAACAGGGCCAGGAGUCCUUCUGGCCUCUUUCUCUCUGGUUUUUCAGGAGACACAUUUUCAAGCCUUAAAGCUGGCAUGGGGCAAGAGGCCCUCCCCUUUUAGUUAGCGGUGAAGAAGGAAUUCAUUGAGUUUCUUUUUGCCAUGGGGCUGUGGUUAAAUCCGUGUUCCAGCGCCCCCUGUUGGGGCAAUUCUGAAUUUACAGGACCGGGCCCUGGGAGGAGUCCCUGGACAUCCCUCCGCCCCAACCUAUCCGCGGUGUUUUUCCGAUGCUUAACUGGUCCUGUGCUUCCUGUCCUCAGUCUGGUAGCCAGGAGCCCCAGCUCUGUUCUGAGAUACGCAGUGACUUUUAGACCUUCCAGAGGUAGCUCUGGGUUUGUCCUCUGUGCCUCUGCCUGUUUGGCCAGGGGAUCGGAGCCCCCCCGGUGUGGCCCCAGUGUGGCCCGCAGGGCAGAGGAGGAUGUCCUAGUGGUGAAAACACCUGCUGGGGCCUGAGGGCCCAGCCCUGCUUCCCCCCUGUCCCGAGCAGCCCCUGCCGGCCCCGGCGGUGGAGUCUGGGUAAGCUGAUGUGUGCAGGAAGCACGCAUCCUGGAAUACUGGCCUCCUGGAGCCUGGGACAGUCAGUCUGCGAUGGCCGGGAAUCCCUCCUCCUUCAGCCAGCCCAGGGGGGGCCCGGCCGCUCCCUCGGCCACGUGGAAGCAAGCGCCUCUUCCCCUCCCCAUCCUUCUCCCCACCUGAUCAGAAAGCUUCAAACUUGCAACCUGUAAGACUCUGUCUGCAUGACUGUUUACAAACCGUAGAAACACAAAAGACUGCGCUGCCCCCAUGGGCCGGGGCUGCCCCAGCCCGGGGAACGGUACUGUAGCUGCAAGACCCAUUCUUGCGCGAGAUGUGACCUUACGGCCUGCGAGAGGUGCUCAGCAUCAUUGCCCACUUUCUGCUCUUUCUGAUGGGUCAGCUACCUCAUGGCAGGCCGGCUCUGCUGUCCUGGCGAGUAUCAUUGACUCUAAACCUGAAGUCCCUCGGGAGCCCUGAGCCCUUCCAAAAGCUGUGCUCCGAGAGCGUUGGAAUCUCUGCCUACUCCUUCAGGGAUGUCCAAGGUACAUAGUUAGGGGGCAGGCCCCCAGCAUCCUAAAGGUUGGAAGCACAAAAUGGUUGUGAUUUGAGCACAAAUAGCAAGGCUUGUGGCAGGUGGCCUGGGCAGACCUGGGUCCAGGGGGCUCAUCCCAGCUUGGUUCUGUCCACAGUUAGACCGAGUAUGUCCGGGUCUGGGAGGGCGUUUCCUCGCUCAGACCAGGGCUCAGCCCAUGACUUGCCCUGAUUCUGGGGGGUUCGUCAUACUACUUACUUUUCUUUGCCCAUCUGCAGACUUGAGCCGGGGCCAACGCCGGCCCGGCCACAUCAGAAGGCGUGGGCCCAGGAGUUAGCUCCCUCUCUCGACCCCACACCCCCCAGUCUUUAAAUGCCUGAGCCCAGGCUGGGUCCCAGCCCUACUGGGCCUAAGGAGCCCAGAGCCACAUUCCCUGUCCCCAGGGCUGAGCCCCCCUCGAAUGCUUUUGAAGCUGACUGCCUGUGGGCCUGCUCGGCACGGUCCCCGGCCAGGCUCUGUUCUCAGUAUUAAUCAGUUCAGUGUUUGCUCUCAUGUGAGUAUCUGAUCGCUGCAUGACGGCCAGAAUUCCCCAAGGUAGCACCUGGAGUUGCCUUGGGAGAUUGCCAAGGAAGAGGAAAGGCACACCCAGGCUUUUGAGGUGGUCAGGGUGCCUCUGUGGGUCUGGGAAGGGACACUUGCGGAUCUGGGAGUGGUCUCCCUACCCCCCACCAUCACUACAGCUCCAGCCCUCUCUUGUUUGGCCCUGCUGCCCACCUGGGGUGGUGUCGCCUGGGCAGAGGGCAGUUUAAAGCACAAAACCGCCGUAGGGAAGACCGUGGCUGGGACUUUCCCACGACACCCAGUGUGGCAGAGAGUGGGCAGGCCGCAGCUGUGAAGUUAGAAACGCUCUUUUCCCUCACGUAGACCAUCCCAACUCUCGGGGGUAUCCUCUGAUGCGGUCUGGGCCAGGCGCGGGCACAGCCCCCGGCCUGUUCAGCCCCAGCCUGAGCCCAGCGUGUUCACCAUCACGUUUGUGGGGGCAGGGCCUGCCCUGCAAGAGCAGUGAGUUUCUUCCCACCCAGCGGCCCGAACAUGUGGCAUCUGUCCGUUUGCCAUCCCAAACAGGAAACUGCUUACCGCUCUCUUAGCUUAGCCCAGCAUCCUGGCCCAGCCUCAGGAGCCGGGGCUUGGCCAGUGGCCCCACCGGCCUUCCUGAGCCUGGCCUUACUCUCCUGGUUCCCAGGAUCCCUCACAGCCCUCUUACGCUCACGGACAGAAUCUACAAGGAAAAUUCUGUUUUCUAUGGCGUCUUCAUUCUAGCCCCCACCCCCUGCCCAGCCCCAGCACUCCAAUGAGCCCCCAACCCUUAGCAUACCCUGGUCCAGGUUUUUGAACCCUUGUCCUGAGGGCUUUGCAGGGAAGUGGGAACUACUCCAAGAAGAGCCAAGGGUCAGAGAAGACAUCUGAAGUGAAUCGGGGCCCCGCCCUGCCCACCAGCUCUUUUCUAGGGAUCACCCCCUGCCCAGGCUGCAGGGUCUCGUUUGGCUUAUGCCCUCCUCGCUAUGCGGCAAUAGCACAAGAUGUAUAUAUGUUUUGUACUUCUGCCGAUGAUUGUACAUAGUGUAUGAAAGUUAUUUAAGCCUCAUGCUGUACAUUUCUGUUCCUAGACUGGAUGUGUGUGUUCUAAGAAGUUGUCAUAAAUAAAACCCGAAUGACCGUUA